AACUCGGAGCGCACGUCUCCCCUGCUGCGCACACACGCACAGCAAAAGUGAAGUGAAGAUGCUUUUUCCCUUUCGACAAACAGUCCAGCCCGCCAGCCGUUCACUUCUCCUGCUGCCGCUGCUCCUCCUUCUCCCAACAGAGCGUCCAACUGUCCGCUUCCCUGGUUUACACGAGGAACUUGCGCUGCCGGGGCUCGUCCAGCUCGGAGGAGGAGGCAAGAGCAGGCAUCAGAGACCCGGAGCACCGUCAGCUCUAUAGCGUAUCCGUGGAGAGCUACGCGUCGGUAUGGGCACGCUGACAAAAGGACGUUACCUCGUUCUGAGGGGGCUCCUGCUGCUUAUUUAUUGCACAGCAUCGGUUAUCUCCAAAGGUGGUGCCACAGGUGAUGCUCAACCAGAUGCUGUACCUUCGGUACAGGGCACCCUGCCCCACUUCAUCCAGGAGCCGGAGGAUGCCUACAUUGUCAAAAGUAACCCUAUCAAGCUGCGCUGUCGAGCUGUGCCUGCCUUACAGAUCUUCUUCAAAUGCAAUGGGGAGUGGGUUCAUCAGAACGAGCACUUCUCUCACGAGUACAAGGACCUCAACACUGGACUGAAGGUGCGUGAAGUGAUGAUCAACGUGUCACGCCAGCAGGUGGAAGAUUUCCAUGGCCCCGAGGACUACUGGUGUCUCUGUGUUGCCUGGAGCCACUUGGGCACAUCCAAGAGUCGAAAGGCUACUGUUCGCAUCGCUUACCUGAGGAAAAACUUUGAGCAGGACCCCCAGGGGAAGGAGGUGCCAAUCAAUGGGAUGAUCGUUCUGCACUGUCGUCCUCCGGAGGGAGUGCCCGCUGCAGAGGUGGAGUGGCUGAAAAAUGAAGAGCUGGUGAAUUCCCUGACGGAUGACAACAUCGACACCCGAGCCGACCACAACCUCAUCAUCAACGAAGCGCGCCUGUCCGACUCAGGCAACUACACCUGUCUGGCCAGCAACGUUGUGGCAAAGAGACGUAGCGCCACGGCAACUGUGAUAGUCUUUGUGAAUGGCGGCUGGUCCCUGUGGACGGAGUGGUCGGCCUGUAAUGCGCCAUGUGGGCGGGGUGUCCAGAAGCGAUCUCGGACCUGCACGAACCCGGCACCACUGAAUGGCGGGGCCUUCUGCGAGGGCAUGUCCGUACAGAAGAUCACUUGCAACGCGCCCUGUCCAAUUGAUGGAGGCUGGAAUGAGUGGAGCCAGUGGACAGUGUGCAGCAGUCAGUGUGAGAGGCAGCGAACUCGGGAAUGCAACUCCCCAAUACCCAGACACCGAGGCAAAAUGUGCGAAGGGAACAGUGAGGCCACUGAGAACUGCACAGAUGGACUGUGUACCCAGAAUCGAAAGCUGCUACAUGACGUUAAACCUCAAAGUAUGGAGAGCUCCAAUGAUGUGGCUCUGUACUCAGGCCUUGGAGCCGGCAUAAUCACCGUUGCAAUCCUUGUGGUGGCUGUCAUGCUGUACAGGAAAAAUCACAGCGAGUACGGCGUGGACGUUAUUGACUCCUCUGCGCUCACCGGGGGUUUCCAGUCUUUCAACUUCAAGAACACCAGACAAGGAAACCCGUUGCUUCUCAACUCCUCCAUGCAGCCAGACUUAACAGUGGGCCGGACAUACAGCACUCCCCUCUGCUUCCAGGACAGCACAGAUAAAGAGCUCUUUGACCCCCUGCCAGACAUCAAGGUCAAAGUUCAGAGCUCCUUUAUGGUUUCACUAGGUGUGGCCGAGAGGGCGGAGUUCCACGCCAAAGCCCCAGCCGAGACCUUCCCGCGAGAUCUGAGCCGGGACUAUUGCAGCACCAUGGACAGAAGGAAGAAGGGCCUGCUUACCCUCAAUGGGCCCUUCAGCUCCUGCAAAGAGCCGCUGAGGACCACCGGUGUGUUUGGUCACCAUGGAGGGAGGCUGGUUGUGCCAAACACAGGGGUCAGCCUCCUAGUGCCUCAUGGAUCCGUGGCUGAAAAUAUGUCCUGGGAGAUGUACAUGGUGAUCAAUCAGGGAGAAGCAAGUGUCCAAACACUGGACAGCUGUGAAAUCCUCCUGGGCCCAGAAGUAACAUACGGACCUCCUGGCCUGGAUCUCUUCUGCCCAGUGGCCAUGACCAUCGCCCACUGUGCAGAGGUGGACGCCGAGAACUGGAACAUCCAGCUCAAGAGGAGAACCCAGGACAGCAAAUGGGAGGAAGUGAUGUCAGUGGAGGAGGAAUCCACCUCAUGUUAUUGCCUGAUGGACUCGACAAGCUGCCACUUGCUGCUGGACCAGCCAGGUUCUUACGCCCUCGUGGGUGAGCCCCUGACGCAGGCUGCCAUCAAGAGGCUGAAGCUGGCUGUGUUCGGAACCAUGGAGGUUGGCUCCAUGAGCUACACCUUGCGGGUGUACUGUGUGGACGACACGCCACAUGCCUUUCAGGGAGUGGUGGCUGCAGAGAAGACCAGAGGCGGUCAGCUCCUCGAGGAGCCAAAGAUGUUGCCUUUCCGAGCGAACACCUUCAGCCUGCAGGUGUCCAUCCAGGAUGUUCCCCAGUUUCUAUGGAGCAUCAAACCCUUUACCACAUGUCAGGAAUUCUCCUUCCCCCAAGUGUGGUGCAGCAACCAGCAGCCCCUGUACUGUGCCUUCUCUCUGGAGAGAUACAGCCCUGUCACCGCCCAGCUCUCCUGCAAAAUCAGCGUGCGCCAGGUCAAAGGCCAUGAGCAGAUUCUGCAGGUCUAUACGGCUGUGGCCGAGACCGAAAAGGAGUCAGUUCCAUUUUUUAUGCAGACAGACUGCACCAUCACGUCCCAGACGGGGCCCAAGGCCUUCAAAAUCCCCCUGUCCAUCCGCCAGAGGAUCUGUGCCACCUUCGACACUGCCAACGCCAAGGGCAAGGACUGGCAACUCUUAGCCCAAAAGCUCCACUUAGAUCGAAACCUGGGGUAUUUUGCAAAGCAGCGGAGUCCGUCUGCAGUCAUACUAAGCCUGUGGGAGGCUCGUCACCAGGACACUUCUGACCUUGACUCUCUAGCCAGUGCCCUGGAGGAGAUUGGAAAGAUCCACUCCAAAAGUUCCCCCAAGGACCAGGACGACUGCGAAUCUGACUCCAUUCACAUAGAAGCAAGCAGUCUGUACGGAACAGGCAGACUAACCAGUCAGAAUACAGAGGACUGCACUUCUGAAUACACGGGCUGAGAGAGGAGAGAGAGCCAGUAAAAACUGACAGACUGACGUAUAUAUCUGUAUACGCACACAAUCAGUGAUGGACAACACACUGCGGCGGUGCAGUAGAAGGUCACGAGGUGAGUAGACGGUGCCAGUGUUCAACACGGCGACCGAUCACAACAGGUCGAGGUGAGCUGGCACCUGCUGUGGAUCUGCCCCUCUCUUUUAAGAACCCGUCUGAGGCUGGACUGUAAAUCUUUGUCUGCCUUUCCACUCAGUCCUUUCUGUUUGUUUCUAACUUCUUUUAAUUUAGGUUGAUGUGAAUUUAUUCCCCUUUGUGUCUGCUAUUGUCUGAACCCGCGUUAGAGGAGAAGGGAGCUCCUUUUCCAGCAGUCCACACGCUUGCAUAUAAGUCUGAAUAUGCAAAUAAGAUGAUACAACUGUGGCGUAAUGUUAGUCACCUAUGUUUGAUCUGACACUCCCCUUCCCGUGUCAACAAAUGAAAAAGGACUUAAAAGCUAGUUUUUCUUUUCUUUUAAUGUCCACUGUUAUAUUUUUAAUGGGAAGCUCCUGAUUGCUUAAAUGUUGUGAUAGUGAACUUUCAAGGCAGGUAUCUUCAAAAUCACCUGGUUUUAUUUAAAAAUUAAAAAAAAAUCCCAAAACCGAAAUUUUAGCACUUAUGUGAUCAUUUAUGCAAAAAAUAAUCAUAAAUAUAUCAUCCCCAGUUGUACUCGAAAAAAAAGUAAGAAAGAAAACGAGCCGUUGGUUGUGGCGUAAUGUGGCAGAGUGAGAUUUCUAACCGUGGCAUUACAAUUCAUUACAGUUGCCUCCUGCGGCAGAUAGAGAGGGAGGAAGCUGUAAAACAUCAUUUCCUGGCACCGCGGAGAGGUCAUCGCUAUGUCUUAUCAUCCACUUCCCACCAUUAACACCCGUCACACAGACCUCAUAUCAGGCCCUGACACACCCAGCUGCCCCCAUGUCUACCACCCACCCACACAAGUACACAACUCACACACCACACUGACAUUUCGCGGCUGUAGAGGUCACAUAUUUUCAUAUUAUUCAAAAAACAACAAAGGAAUACAGACAGUGUCAGACAUAUAUAACAUACAGUAACAGUAUAUAAGGUAUAUAAAUCCUACGCCAUGCUGAGGGAAUAAGGGAAAAUAUCAUAGUCAUGUGAGGUAAUGGUAAGUGAAACUUUUGAUGACCUCCAGGUCAGAAUAGAUUGAAAUGUUAACCCCUCAUCUUUAUAUUUGAACACACACUAAGGUUGAAGCUGUCAGAGCUUUAGCUGGUGUUUGUAGAAAAGUGUUUUUGUAAUUAUUUAAGACUCUUAAUUCAAGGUUCAAUUAAGUACUUUUUAUCUCCAAAAGUUGAUUCUGUUCAUCUGGACGUAGCGUU